AUGAGGGGCGUGGCGCUGCAGUCCGGCGCCGAGGCCGGCUCGCUGUCCAAGCGGCCGCGCCUGGCUCAGCCUGGACCGCUCCGCCGCGCGCAUCAGGUGCGGUGCGUCGCGCUGCCAACGCCCGUCGGCCACCGGCACGGCGGGGCGAAUGGGGCGGCCCCGGCGGGGAAGCCUGUGCUGGAGGUGCCCGGCUGGGAGAGCGCCCCGCGCGUGGAGGCGGAGCCCGCGCUGAGAGCUGGUCCUGUGGAGCUGCCGAGGCUGAAGGUGUUCUCAGGGACGGCGAACCAGGGGCUGGCCCAGGAGGUGGCGCACUAUUUGGGGCUGGAGUUGGGGACAAUCAAGAUAAAGAGGUUCGCGGAUGGGGAGAUCUACGUGCAGAUCAAGGAGUCAAUUCGGGGGUGUGAUGUAUUCCUCAUCCAACCCACAAGCCCCCCGGUCAAUGACAACCUUAUGGAGCUCCUGGUCAUGAUCGAUGCCUGCCGGCGAGCAUCGGCCCGCACAAUCACACCAGUCAUCCCUUACUACGGCUACGCUCGGGCAGAUAGGAAGACCCAAGGGAGGGAGUCCAUUGCUGCGAAGCUGACAGCCAACCUGCUGACAGAAGCUGGCGCAGAUCGUGUUCUGGCGAUGGACCUGCACUCAGGGCAGUGUGUCGGCUACUUUGACAUCCCAGUGGACCACGUGUAUGGCGAUGUUGUGCUGCUUGACUACCUCGCUUCCAAGCGAAUAGCCAAUGGGGAUCUGGUGGUGGUGUCCCCGGAUGUGGGGGGCGUUGCACGUGCCCGGGCAUUUGCCAAGAAGCUGAACGACGCCCCAUUGGCCAUUGUGGACAAGCGACGGUCGGCCCACAACAUUUCCAACGUCAUGAACCUCAUCGGUGAUGUCAAGGGCAAGGUGGCAGUGCUUGUUGACGACAUGAUAGACACAGCGGGCACUAUCAGCAAUGCUGCAAAGGCGCUCCAAGACCAUGGG